AUGGCAACAACACUAGAAAGACUAUCGGCCGCAGUAGUACGCAACGCAUGUGUUGGUAUUCCGACCUCUAUUAUCAUUACUGAUGUGAAUGGAUAUUCAAAAGCAUUUGAAGACGAAGAAGAAGAGCAUGCUUUGUGGUGGUCAGAAGAGUUUUUGAACGAGCUUCAUGAUGAAUUUUUACUAGGAUCAAACGACUCGUUUAUCAAUAGCACCUCCGAUGAAGUACAAAAAGAAGAAAAUAUAUAUACAUUGCAAUUCGAAACAGAGAAGCAUUUAUUGAAAGAAAUACUUGAAGAAGAAGAAGGAGAAGAAGAAGAAGAAAAUAUAUAUACAUUGCAAUCAGAAACAGAGAAACAUUCAUUGAAAGAAAUACUCGAAGAAGAAGAACAAGAAGAAGACGCUGAUAUCGAACAACUUCAUCGUGUAUUAGCAAAAGAAUUUGAUCGUAUUGAUGCAUUUUCACGAUCACAUUCAAAGAUUCCAUGUUUAGAUGAUGAUGAUGUAACAUUACAAACAGCAUCAGUGGUUGAGGUCGAUAUUCCGUCUGCUAUUAUUACUAGCGAUGUAUUAAACGAAACAUUGUUAUCGAGUAGCAGUUCAAAAAAAGAAAAUAUAAGUCUAUGUUUGAAAACAGACAUGCUACGCUUAAGAAUUCGUCAUGUUGGUGGUAUAAUUAUUGCAAAAUUACGAAGUUUUAAAUUAGGCACAAGUGAAAAACAAAAAUGCAUUGUUAAAAAGAGUUCCAUAUGA